GAAGUCUGCAGCAUGUCUCUGACAGUGUCUCAAGGUGAGGGUUUGACGGUCAUCACCAUCGCCUCAAACCCGAAGAGCAAAUGGCCCGUACUGUGUCAGAUUCUGGGUUUUCUGUGCUGCAGUCCAGUCUGUUCUGUGUCUCAGAAUAUGAAAGGGAAGCUGAUGAACAUCCACACUGCUCUUGGGACUAUGCAGAUAAUAGUUGGAGUCAUCAAUAUUGUGUUUGGGAUUUUGCUUAAAAGCUCUAGGAUAUGGAAUAACAUUACAGAAUCUGGGGUUGUUUUCUGGAUCGGUGGAGUGGUCCUUGUAAUUGGAAUUGUGACUGUUCUUGCAGCUAAGUUUCCCAGUCCUUUCCUACUGGUCAUCACAGUGAUUCUGAAUGUAGUCAGUGCUGCACUGGCAAUCACAGCUGCUGUGCUGUAUUCAGUGGACCUGGCAACUGGAAAUGGUCUAUAUUGUGACACCAGUUAUUACUCGUCUAAUAGCUAUGCUGUAACACCUUCCCCUGAACAGACGAGGAGAACCGAGAUCUGUGUGAAGUACAAGUAUCUCAAUAAGGUAAUGUUUAAUUUUUCGUUUUAUUUAUUAGAUUGUGUAGGAUCAAAUGACCAAAGUUGGGGAAGCUAUUUUAGUUUGUGGUUUCACAAGCUAUUGGUAAUUCGAAGGUAUUGCAUGAAUCUAAUCUUUUGUAAAAGUACUUGAAGUUAGGAGGUCAUAUAUUAUAAAA